AUGCGCAGCGCAUGUACUGGUUCGGGUGAUGUAGGCUCGCGAGCCAUCAGCAGCACCCACUGCUCUAUCGAGUGGGACAGGGACCACUCCGCGCGGGUUGCCGACUUUUCGAUGAGCAGGAAGUUCGCGAUCGUCACAGCGGACGCGGAUCACACAAGGAUCACAUACCAGAUCUGGGACGCCCUGUCGGUGAGCAUCUAUCGCGGGCCGGCGUUCCUCGUUGCUAACACGCGCAUCCAGAAGUUCUGCGGUACCCCAAUAUACCUCGCACCUGAGGUGGCCAUGCACGGGUACACUAUUCGACGCAAACCCGCCGAACGUGGACAUCCAUACCAUCAUCGCGACCCGCCGGGUGCAGUGAAAGCUCCUGUACGAGUGCGACCAGAGCGGUUCAUCCACGCGCUCCUCGCGUCCUUGCCGAUCAAGCGCAUGUCGCUUACCAGCGCACUGGACCACCCAUGGCUCGUGACCUCGGCGGAGGACAAAGGCGCGCCCCAGCCGCUCCCCGCGACCCCGCCCGCGCUCCACACGCUCCCCUCUUUGCCCUCCGUCGCGGAUGGCGCGCGCGCGGCGGAGCCUGCACACGCCCCGCGGCUCACCGCCCCGCUGAUGGGCCUGCGAAGACUGCCUGGGGCGGCGUCGCUGCUCCGCAUGGACGGCGAGCAGGCCGCAGCGGGCCCGUGCGUGUCCCUCGACGACCCGAGCCUCAUCCUCGCCGUGUGCCCGCCGUCGCCCGAGCGCGCGGCGACUCCAGUGCGCGACGCCGACGACGGGGUCAAGGACGGCUACGUGCUGGCGAGCCCGCGGUCGGCCGGGAGCGAGGGGAGCCAGCGCGGCAGGCUCCAGCGGCGGUCGGAGGUGCUGUGGCGGGCGCUGCAGGAGGGCGAGGAGCUCCCUGCGUCCUCGCAGGACAUGCGGGCGUGGGCGGCGGAGGCUCUGGGCGAGGUCGGUGGGGGUCCCGUGGAAGAACCCGAGCGUCACGCGAUGAAGGAGGCGACGCCGAUGCGAGAAAUUAAAACGCUCAAAGACGACACACCGGCCGGGAAGGCGGUGGCGUCGCCGAUGCGCCAAGGGGCGAAGCGCAAGUCGCUGUCGGAGGAGAGUGACGACGAAGGCGAGGGAUACGCGGCGUCGCUGCCGCCGCAGACGCAGGAGCGGGAGGACUCUGAAGAGGAGUUGCCGCGCGUGAUGAAGCGGCCGCGGACGGAGCUGUCGGAGAUGUCUGUCGCGGACGUGGAGGGCACGGACUAG